AUGCAUUUUAUCGCACUCAUCUUUUUUGCGUUGAUUUUCUGUAUUAAUCCAAACAGGAAUCAAGUCUUUGGCUGUGAAUGUCCUGCAAAAGAUAAUAGAAAUUAUGUAUCUGCCGAUGGAGGUGACGUGCAAAGUAAUGGACAAUUGAAAUGUUGGUAUGUAGCUCAAAGUGGAAAUGCUCGUGGCACUUUGUAUUGUUUAUACCGAACCGAUUGCACAAUCGCCAUCGAUGGUGAUGGAGGAUUUUGUGUAUCUUCGACACCGACAACAACAGCUGCACUGACAGAACCAGGCAGUGGAGGAAAUACGACGACGACAACAACAACAGUUACAACGACACGAUCAGGCAGUGGAGGAAAUACGACAACAACCACCACAGCUUCAUCCAAAUGUCAAUGCCCUGCUACGGAUACCACGGGUACUGCACUUAUUAUCGGUCAGAUCCAAAGUGGCGCUUUAGUAUGCGGUUACUCUAUGACCGACAACGGUUGUUGGUAUGAUCUGAAUACAUGCGCUCUUAUACAAGACGAACACGGAGGACAAUGCAGCGGCAGCCAAACGAAUACGACAUCGACAACUAACGGACAAACAACAUCUACGACUAUGAUGGGUGCUAUGACGUCAUCUACAACGGCACAGAUGACAACAUCAACAUCAACCUCGAUGCUGUCUACAGGAUCGGCAUCAACAUCAACACCAGUAAUGUCUGCAACAUCGACAUCAACGCCAAUGAUGUCUACAACAUCGACAUCAACGUUAUCGAUGACAACUACAACGUUCUCUAACGCAUUCCCAACUACAACUAUUUUUGAUAACACGACUAAUUCUACGGGUAUAAACUCAGGAAACAAUCUGCCAAAAAUUUCGCUCUUUAUCGCUAUGGUUAAUACACUAAUCAUCAAUGUUUUGCUAUAA